AUCAAUGAGGCGCGUUGUAAUAAAAAAAAAAUGUAAAGUGAACAUGCAGAAAAUUAAUUUCUAACAUUUGUAAUGAAAAUUGUUAAUUUUAUGGACUUAAAAUGCGAUUUGAACGAAGAAAAAAUUGAAAAAGUGAAUUUUUCGUGAAUUUCAUUGAAAAAUGUCGCAGGAAAAGUAAAAAAAAGUGAAUUUCCAGAGAUAUUUAUCAGUAAAAACCCGUCACCUUCGUCAUAAUAGAUAAUAAUUUGUAAUGUAAAGUCCAACGAACGACGUCUUCGAAGAGUUAAAACGCAACAACAACAACAAAGGACAACCAUACCUACCAACUUACAACGAAAGAUAUUGAUGAUGAUUGCGUGCGAAAUGAAUUUAACGACUUAUUGAAAUGAAAUUCAAUUAAAAUUACGUUCAAGUGUGCGCGCCUGAUUGCUUGCAAGACAGUAAAAAGGGGACACUCGAGUUAUUUCAGUGCAAAGUGUCGAAGGGAAAACAUCAAAAAAAAACUCUUUCUUUUACAUUUCGUUGUGGGAGUUCCAAUAAAUUGACAAUUAACUAAAAAUUACUCAAGAAUUUUUCCCGUUUAAUUAUUUUAUUUGGUUACGAGCGACAGACAGUAUUACUCAGUAUUAACAUGGCAGGUAACGGAGACGAAAUUUCGUCGGAUUCGGUUGGGAAAUAUUUGAAACACCAUCCGGAGUUUUUGGAACAUUUUUUGAUUGAAAAUGUGGGUUUGGAGGAAUUACAAAAAUGGGUGAUACGGCGUCUUGGAAGCCGAAAGGAACUUGAAAGCAAUGAAAAUAAAAAUAUUGAUAAAAUGACUCCAUACUGCGUUUACUCCGACAAACGACAAAUGUUGGAAGAACUUUCACAGUCAAUUCGUCUCCAUUCCAAGGGGAAACACGUCUUAUGGGAACUCAUCGCGUGCAUUUCAACAGCUGUCGGCGCCGAUGGCUUCCGCUUAUACCUAAACGACAAUUCUCCCGACGACUUGCAACUUUCGCUGUACGUGGGAGAAAAAGUCGGCAAAACUAUCAUCGAAAAAGUGGAUCGAAAACAAGCCUUAAUCCCGUAUCACGUCGCCGAAACACGUCAACCUGUCAGAAUUUCCAAAGGAGACACAGAUCCACGUUUCCCCGAUGGCUUACCGGCAAAAGGAGAAAUGGCGCAUUUGAUGUGUCAAGCAGUUCAGCACCCGGAUGGCAAAUUAGUUGGCGUUGUCGAGUUCUGGCGUCGUAGUUGCACGUGGAAAUUCUUCGAACAAGAAGAGGAAUUGGUUUAUAGUUACCUUGUAUGGGGCGGUGUGGCUCUUCAUUACGCCGAUUGCUUCACAACGAUGGAAAAACAGAAGAAAUUGAACGAUUUCUUGCUCGUAGUUGUUCGUUCGAUGUUCCAAGACAUGGUCUCAAUGGAUACUUUGAUGACAAAAAUCAUGAAUUUCGCUCAGCGACUCGUAAAUGCGGAUCGCGCGUCACUUUUUCUCGUCGACACGAAGAAACAAGAGGUUUAUGCGACACUUUUUGAUGUCGGAGCUGACAAUGCGAUGCAAGACAAGUCGCAAGAAAUCCGUUUUCCCAUCGGAAAAGGCAUCGCCGGUUAUGUGGCAGAAACAGGCGAGGUCGUUAAUGUCGUCAAUGCUUAUCAAGAUCCGCGUUUUAACAAUUCCAUCGAUAAAUUGACCGGAUACAAGACGGAAUCGAUACUUUGCAUGCCGAUUUUCAUCAAGGACGUCGUAAUUGGUGUCGUUCAAAUGGUCAAUAAGUUAACGGGGUCGUUCACGACGGAAGAUGAGGAGGCAUUUGAAACGUUUGCCGUGUAUUGUGGCUUGGCGUUGCACCACGCGAAGCUCUUUGACAAGAUAAAAAAGUCGGAACACAAGUACAAAGUUGCCUUGGAAGUGCUCAGCUAUCACAAUUCGUGCACGGAAGACGAAGUGAAUCGUUGCAUGGAGAUGGAUAUCCAAAAAGCAGUUGAUGACAUUGAUAAUUUCUUCUUUUGUCCGUACGUUUUGUCGGAUUUUGAGAAAGCUGCGCAUACCGUUUAUAUGUUUAUCGAUCUUUUCGGGCUGGAACGCUUCGAUAAAACGACGAUAAUCAGAUUUACGUUGACAGUGAAGAAAAAUUACAGAAGAGUUCCGUAUCAUAAUUGGGGGCAUGGCUUCUCGGUGGCGAACACAAUGUAUACUAUCAUCAAAAAAGCUCCGGAUAUCUUCAGACAAAAUGAGCGACUUGCUCUCUUUGUUGGAUGUUUAUGUCACGAUUUGGAUCACCGAGGCAAGACCAAUAAAUUUUUGUUGGAUACCGAAUCGCCUCUUUCUGCCAUUUACAGUACUUCCACAAUGGAGCAUCAUCAUUUCAAUCAAACAGUGACGAUUUUGCAACAGGAAGGUCACAACAUUUUCAGCAAAUUAUCAAGUACGGAAUACAAACAACUCCUGAGUCUCGUGAAACAUUGCAUCUUAGCUACUGACUUGGCCUUAUUCUUCCCCAACAAAAGCAAAUUAGAAGAACUCGUUGACACUCAAACGUUCUCAUGGAGCAAACUGGAGCACCGACUUCUUAUUUCUGCGGUUUCAAUGACUUCAGCAGAUCUUUCGGCAUCAGCAAAACCUUGGGAAAUCCAGGAAAAAACUGUCAAAGUAAUUUUCGAGGAAUUUUACAUUCAGGGCGACGCAGAAAAAGAAGCUGGAAGAAAACCAAUUCCGAUGAUGGAUCGCACACGAGCCGAUUAUCAAGCGUCGUGCCAAGUUGAUUUCAUCAAGGGCAUUUGCAUUCCGUGUUACAAGCUUCUAAAUCGCCUGAUUCCCGAAACGGAACCCAUGCUGCUGAAAUGCGAGGAGAACUUGAAGACGUGGGAAACGAUAAUGGAAUGUUAUAAGAAAUUGGAACAAUCUGUCCCCAUAUUAAAGGACUACGUGAAGCAGAAAAAAAUAAAUUUAUGAGAAGAAGAAAUGUGUGUCAAUGUUGUGGAAAUUUGUUUGAAAAAAUGUCAAAAAUAGUGAAAAAAUUUGCUUAAAUAAAUGUUAAAUAUUAGACGUCCUUA